AUGUCUCUCUCAUCCCCAUCCAGACCAGCAGUUUUUCCCACUGGGUUUCCUGCCGGCUGGCCGUUCAACUAUGUUGAACCUUUCCUGGUGAACACUUCAUUUUCAACCGAGAGCCUUUCCCACGUGGUUUUCUCUCGGUUGGAUAUUCACCACGGUGUCAUUGAUACCAAUAUGGUACAAAACAUCACCACUCGAGGCACUCUUUCCGGCUGGGUAGCUUUCCCCACGUGGGUUUUUCUCCUGGCCGGUUUUGACGAGGCCUCAAUUACACGACAACUCAAGACAAUCUCUUGGAAACAUGAGCGGCUCGACACUGCCGCCUGGAAAUGGAAAGAAUAUGGUGGAGGAAAUCAAAUUGGUCGAACUUGA